UCUGGGGAUCAGUGUUUGUAUGGGGAGCACGGCUGCUGUGUGCUGAGCCGGCUCUGGCUGCUCCCGGUUCAUUGUGCAGUGUGGUGUGUGGCUGCGCACUCCCAAUGGCCAGCGCUGCGGCGCAGCCGCUGUGAGCGGACUGUCCGCGCAUUAGGACCCAGCGGCCGCACUGACGCAGCACCGCGCCUCCAUCAGCUGCUGGGGACCGGCACCGGAGACCGGAGCGGACCCGGAGCGGAGCCGGGCACCGGAGCGGAGCGGGGCACAGGCCACGGGCACCGGCAGCCGCACCGACUCCGGGUACCGGGCCCGGCCGCGGGCCGACAUGAGAGCGGCCCUGAGCCCGGCGGCGCCCCCCGGCCCAACCGCCCGGGGCGGCAGCAAACGGCAGCAGCGGACUUCACUCACGAGCAGCGGCAGGAUGAGUGGUGAAGCGGCUGGCACGAAGCCACUGAAGGUGGGAUCCCGUGUGGAGGUGAUCGGGAAGGGGCACCGAGGCACCGUGGCUUACGUUGGUGCCACCAUGUUUGCCUCCGGGAAGUGGGUCGGAGUGAUCCUGGAUGAUGCCAAGGGCAAGAACGAUGGCACGGUGCAAGGCAAGCGCUACUUCACCUGUGAGGACAACCGAGGCAUCUUCGUGCGCCAGUCACAGAUCCAGGUUGUGGAAGACGACACCACUUCCCCUGACACUCCCCAGGAACCGUCUGCUUCCAAGGUGCCCAAGCGAGAGAUUGCUGAGACACCUAAAAGCAGCAAGCUGCGAGGAGCAAAGCCCAAAAAGACUCCAGCUGCAAGAAAGCAACCCGUCCGACGCACCAAGCCUACCCGCAAUGCAAGCUCCGCACCCUCCAGUGUGGGCACUCCCUCAUCAGCCACUCCCUCGCCCUCGGCCGGAGAGAUGAGCAGCAGUGAUCCAGGGACCCCAGCACUGACCCCUCUGGCUGCCCCCAUUGUGCCCACACCAGCUGGGCUGGCAGCCCCGCCGGCACCUCCGCUGCUGUCUCCCAAGGAGGAGGAGAGCCUGCGGGCGCAGGUGAAGGACCUGGAGGAGAAGCUGGAGACACUGAAGAUGAAACGGAACGAGGACCGUGCCAAGCUGAAGGAGCUGGAGAAAUGCCGGAUCCAACUCGAGCAGCUGCAGGAGUGGAAACACAAGAUGCAGGAGCAGCAGAGUGAGCUGCAGCGGCAGCUCAAGGAGGCAAAGAAGGUCCGACCGCUGUCCUGCGGCCCCCGUCUCCGUCACCCGCGGCCCCCGUCCCUGUCACCGUCACCCGCGGCCCCUGUCACCCCGCGGCCCCCGUCCCUGUCACCGUCACCCCGCGGCCCCCGUCUCCGUCACCCGCAGCCCCCGUCACCCGCAGCCCCCGUCACCUCGCCACCCCUGUCACCCUGCAGCCCCCGUCACCAUCACCCACGGCCCCCGUCACCAUCACCCGCGGGUCCCGUCUCCCUGAUGCCCACAGCCUCUGUCUCCCUGAUGCCCACAGCCUCCGUCUCCCUGAUGCCCACAGCCUCCGUCUCCGUCACCUGCGGGUCCCGUCUCCCCACCACCCGCGGGUCCCCCUGGGGCCUGGGGGCAGGGUCUGGGGCUGGGGGCAGGGGAUGGAGUCCGGGGCUGGUGUCUGCUGCUGGGGUUGGGGGCUGUGGUCGGGGUGGGGUCAGGGGGCAGGGGCUGGGGAUGGUGUCUGAGAUUUCAAGUAUCCACAGCAUUUUAGUUUCAAACAAUUUUCUAUACCCCAUUGAGUAA